AUGGGUAUUAAAUUUCUUGAAUUUGUUAAACCAUUCUGCCAAUUGAUACCGGAGAUUCAAAAACCUGAACGUAAAAUUCAAUUCCGAGAAAAAGUUCUCUGGACAGCGAUCACCUUAUUUAUCUUUUUGGUAUGUUGUCAAAUUCCACUUUUCGGUAUCAUGUCAUCCGACUCAGCCGAUCCAUUCUACUGGAUUCGAGUUAUUCUUGCAUCAAAUCGUGGUACUCUCAUGGAAUUAGGUAUUUCGCCAAUCGUCACAUCAGGUUUAAUCAUGCAAUUAUUAGCCGGUGCAAAAAUUAUUGAAGUCGGCGAUACACCCAAAGAUCGUGCUCUAUUCAAUGGAGCACAAAAACUCUUUGGUAUGAUUAUUACCAUUGGCCAAGCAAUUGUUUAUGUCAUGACUGGCAUGUAUGGCAAUCCAUCAGAUAUCGGUGCCGGUGUUUGCCUUUUGAUCAUCAUUCAGUUGUUUGUUGCUGGUUUAAUCGUCUUAUUACUUGAUGAAUUGCUUCAAAAAGGUUAUGGUCUUGGUUCUGGUAUUUCGUUAUUUAUUGCUACGAACAUCUGUGAAACCAUCGUUUGGAAAGCAUUCAGUCCAGCAACAAUCAAUACCGGACGUGGUACGGAAUUCGAAGGUGGUAUUAUUGCAUUGUUUCAUCUUUUGGCAACACGACAUGAUAAAGUUCGAGCAUUACGCGAAGCAUUCUAUCGCCAAAAUUUACCAAAUUUAAUGAAUUUACUUGCAACAGUUCUUGUCUUCGCUAUUGUCAUCUACUUCCAAGGUUUCCGUGUUGAUCUUCCAAUUAAAUCCGCUCGUUAUCGUGGACAAACAUCAUCUUAUCCAAUCAAAUUGUUUUACACAUCGAAUAUUCCGAUUAUUCUCCAAUCUGCACUUGUUUCAAACUUAUACGUCAUUUCUCAAAUGUUAUCAACAAGAUUCGCCGGUUAUGCCAUCAUUAAUUUACUAGGCGUUUGGGCCGACAAUGGACCACAACGUUCGUAUCCCAUCGGUGGUUUAUGCUAUUAUUUAUCACCACCAGAAUCGUUUCAAGCGAUGUUAACUGAUCCUAUACAUGCUAUUCUCUACAUCGCGUUUAUGCUUGGCUCAUGUGCAUUCUUCUCGAAGACAUGGAUUGAUAUAUCUGGUUCAAGUGCCAAGGAUGUUGCUAAACAAUUAAAAGAACAACAAAUGGUUAUGCACGGUCACCGAGAAAAAUCAAUGAUUCACGAAUUAAAUCGAUAUAUUCCCACAGCUGCUGCCUUUGGUGGUUUGUGUAUCGGUGCUUUGUCAGUGUUAGCCGAUCUUCUAGGUGCAAUUGGUUCCGGUACCGGUAUUCUCUUAGCUGUGACGAUUAUUUAUCAAUAUUUUGAAAUCUUUGUCAAAGAACAGAAUGAAUUAGGUGGAAUGGGCACACUUUUAUUUUAA